GCAGAGGUGAAAUCUGGGAGAGAUGCAGAGGUGAAAUCUAGAAGAGAGGCUGUAGAGGUGAAAUCUAGGGUACAGCCUGCAGAGGUAAAAUCUAGGAGAGAUGCAGAGGUGAAAUCUAGGAGAGAUGCAAAGGUGAAAUCUAGGAGAGAGGCUGUAGAGAUGAAAUCUAAGGGAGAUGAAGAGGUGAAAUCUAGGAGAGAGGCAGAGGUGAAAUCUGGGAGAGAGGCUGCAGAGGUGAAAUCUGGGAGAGAGGCAGAGGUGAAAUCUAGGGGAGAGGAUGCAGAGGUGAAAUCUGGGAGAGAGGCUGCAGAGGUGAAAUCUAAGGGAGAUGAAGAGGUGAAAUCUAGGAGAGAGGCAGAGGUGAAAUCUAGGAGAGAGGAUGUAGAGAUGAAAUCUAGGGUAGAGCCUGCAGAGGUGAAAUCUAGGAGAGAUGCAGAGGUGAAAUCUAGGAGAGAGGCUGUAGAGGUGAAAUCUAGGGUACAGCCUGCAGAGGUAAAAUCUAGGAGAGAUGCAGAGGUGAAAUCUAGGAGAGAUGCAGAGGUGAAAUCUAGGAGAGAGGCAGAGGUAAAAUCUAGGAGAGAGGAUGUAGAGGUGAAAUCUAAGAGAGAUGAAGAGGUGAAAUCUAGGGGAGAGGAUAAAGAAGCGAAACCUAGGAGAGAGGCUGCAGAGGUGAAAUCUAGAAGAGAUGCAGAGGUGAAAUUGAGGAGAGAUGCUGGAGAAGUGAAAUAUAGGAAAGAGGCUGCAGUGGGGAAAUCUAGGAGAGAUGCAGAGGUGAAAUCUAUAAGAGAGGCUGAAGAGGUAAAAUCUAGGAGAGAGGCAGAGAUGAAAUCUAGGAGAGAGGAUGUAGAGGUGAAAUCUAGGGUAGAGCCUGCAGAAGUAAAAUCUAGGAGAGAGGCAGAGGUAAAAUCUAGGGGAGAGGAUACAGAGGUGAAACCUAGGAGAGAGGCUGGAGAAGUGAAAUCUAGGAGAGAUUCAGAGGGAAAAUCUACAAGAGAGACUGCAGAGAUAAAAUCUAGGACAGAGGCUGCAGAAAUGAAAUCCAAGAGAAUAGUUGCAGAGGUGAAAUCUAGGAGAGAUGCAGAGAGGAAAUCUAGGAGAGCAGCUUCAGAGGGGAAAUCUAGGAGAGAAGCUGCAAAGGCCAGGUCUACAAGAGAUGGUGCAAAGGUGAAAUCUAGGAGAGAGGCUGCAGAGGUGAGAGGUAGAGGAGAGACUGCAGAGGGGAAAGCUAUGAGAGAGUCUGCAGAGGUGAAAUCUAGGAGAGAUGCAGUGGUGAAAUCUAGGAGAGAUGCAGUGGUGAAAUCUAGGAAAGAUGCAGAGAUGAAAUCUAAGAGAGAUGCUGCAGAGGUGAAAUCUAGGACAAAGGCUGCAGAGGUGAAAUCUAGCAGAGAGGCUGCAGAAGCGAGAUCUAUGAGAGAGGCUGCAGAGGUGAAAUUUAGGAGAGAGUUUUCAGAGAAGAAAUCUAGGAGAGAGGCUGCAGAGGGGAAAUCUAGGAGAGAGGUUUCAGAGGUAAAAUCUAGCAGAGAGGUUGCAGAGGAGAAAUCUAGUGGAGAGGGUGCAGAAUUGAAAUCUAGCAGAGAAGGUGCAGAGGAGAAAUCUAGGAAAGAGGCUGCAGAAGUAAAAUCUAAGGAAGAGGCUGCAGAGGCAAGAUCUAGGAGAGAGGCUACAGAAGUGAAAGCUAGGGGAGAGGCUGCAGCAGUGAAAUCUAGGAGAGAGGCUGCAGAGGUGAAAACUAGGAGAGAGGCUGCAGAGGCCAAAUCUAGGAGACAGCAUGCAGAGGGGAAUUCUAGGAAAAAUGCUGCAGAGAUGAAAUCUAGGAGAGAUGCAGAGAGGAAAUCUAGAAAAGAUGCAGAGAGGAAAUUUAGGAGUGAGGAUGCAGAAGGGAAAUCUAGGAGAGAGCCUGCAAAGGUGAAAUCUAGGGCAGAGUCUACAGCAGUGAAAUCUAGAGGAGAGGCUGCAGAGGGGAAAUCUACCAGAGAUGCUCUUGAGGUGAAAUCUAGGAGAGAUGCGGAGAGGAAAUCUAGUAGAGAUGCAGAGAUGAAAUCUAGGAGUGAUGCAGAGGUGAAAUCCAGAAGAAAGCCUGCAGAGGGGAAAUCUAGUAGAGAGGCUGCAGAGGUGAAAUCUAAGAGAGAUGCAGACAUAAAAUGUAGCAGAAAGGCUCCAGAGGUGAAAUCUAGAAGAGAUGCAGAGGUAAAAUCUAAGAGAACGGCUGCAGAGGUGAAAUCUAGGAGAGAUGGUGCGGAAGUGAAAUCUAGGAGAGAGACUGCAGAGAUGAAAUCUAGGAGAGAUGCAGAGCUGAAAUCUAGCAGAAAGGCUGCAGAGGGGAAAUCUAGGGAAGAGGCUGCAGAGGUGAAAUCUAUGAGAGAGACUGCAGAGGUAAAAUCUAGGAGAGAUGCAGAGGUGAAAUCUAGCAGAAAGGCUGCAGAGGGGAAAUUCAGGGGAGAUGCUACAGAGGUGAAAUUUAGGGGAAAGGUUACAGAAGGAAAAUCUACCAGAGAUGCUGCUGAGUUGAAAUCUAAGAGAGAUGCAGAGAGGAAAUCUAGGAGAUAUAUAGAGGUGAAAUCUAAGGGUGAGGCUGCAAAGGUGAAAUCUAGGAGAGAGGCUGCAGAAUUGAAAGCUAGGAGAGAGACUGCAGAGGGGAAAUCUAGGAGAGAGGCUGCAGAGGUGAAAUCUAAGGGAGAUGCAAAGGUAAAAUCUAGAAAAAAGACUUCAGAGGGGAAAUCUACCAAAGAUGCUGAUGAGGUGAAAUCUAAGAGAGAUGCAGAGAGGAAAUCUAGGAGAGAAGCUGAAGAGGAGAAAUCUGAGAAAGAGUUUGCCAAGGUUGAAUCCACGGAAGGGGCUGCAGUGGUGAAAUCUGGGAGAGAGGCUGUAGAGGUCAAAUCCAUGGAAGAGGCUACAGAGGUGAAAUCUGGGAGAGAGGCUGCAGAGGUGAAAUCUAUGAGAGAGGCUGCAGAAGUGAAAUCUACAAGAGAGGCUGCAAAGGUCAAAUCUACCAGUGUUGCUGCUGAGAAGAAAUCUCUAAGGCAUGUUGCAGAAAUGAAAUUAACAAGCCUUGACAACAGCUUGAAUAUGGAAGAUGAGAACGGGGGAGCAGUUCACGAUAUGUCCUAGGUGGGGAACCUGAGAGAUUAAGAAUAUGGCUUUGCCCCUUUCCAGUCAUAGGGAAGUUAGGAUUUGGGAAGGGUUUAGUGAGAAAGAUGAUGAGUUCUGUUUUAGAGAAUUUAAGACAUCUACUAAAUAUUCGGUUCAAGACAUCAGUAAGGCAAUUGGAGAUAUGGGACUAGAGAUCAAUAAAGUGAUAGUAAAGUGGACAAGACAGGUAAACUUGAUACUCAUCAGCAUAGAGAUAGUGAUUAAAUCCAUGGAAGCUGAUGAGAUGACCAAGUGAUGUUAACUAGAGGGAGAAGAGAAGAGGUCCCAGGACAGAGCCCAAAGGGACAGUUAUGUUUGGAGGAAACGAUCUGGAAGAGGCUACA